UUUUAGGCACUUACAGGGCAGGAGUGGUCGCCGUGACCUUGACGCUGCAAGCCAAGUCCACAGGACAAUUUCUUCGCAGCACACUCACAGCCAUGCAGGCCCUGCUGCAGCGGCGUGCCAUGGGCACCGCAGUUACCGCUAGGAAUGGUCCCAGCGGACGGCGUGUGCCUCUGUGCAAGCGCACCGUCGCUCGCUCGGCUCAGGUUCAGCGCCGUGGCGCCGUGCAGUGCAAGGCGUUCUUCAACUUCUUCGCUCCUAAGCCGGCUGCUCCGACCUCGCCUUUUGACCCUCGCGCCAAGCCGCUGGUCGAGCAGCUGAUCGCCAUUACGAGUGGCACCGACGCGGGCGCAAAGGCCUCUGCCGCUCAGAAGGAGGAGAUUGCUGCCCUGGUGACUGAGCUGUCCCGCUACUGCAUCAAGAACCCGCUCAAGAGCGACCUGCUGUUCGGCGAGUGGAAGGUGCUGUUCGCCUCCAAGGCCACGGCGGUGGGCGGCCCCCUGCGCGCCGGCGCCGGCCCCGCGGUGUUCGCCGGCCAGAACGCCAAGCAGAUUCUGGAGGCCCCCAACAAGCUUGUGAACGAGGUGCAGUACAAGACGCUGGGCUUCCUGCCCGGCUACAGCCGCCAGUACGGCACCAUCCAGCCCGUCAGCGGAGACACCUUCAUCCUGAACAUCACGGAGGGCGAGAUCAUGGCCGGCCUGGGCGGCCCCGUCAAGAAGGCCUUUGACAUCCAGCGCAAGAUCCAGCUGCUGUACCUGGAUGACGAGAUCCGCGUGGCGCUGUUCCUGCCCACCGAGGGCCUCACCGACACCGAGGCGGAGGAGAACGGCGGCAGCGCCGGCGAGGACAUUGUGUUUGUGUUCCAGCGGAUCACCAACAACGCCGCGGAGGAGGAGGAGCCGGCGGAGGACGACGGCGAGGAGGCGCCCAAGGGCGCGUUCGGCUUCGGCGGCGGCCGCAAGCUGGAGAGCGCAGCCACCGUGGCGGAGCGCCAGGUGCGCCAGCAGCUGAACCAGCGCAGCGGCAGCGCCAAGGUGGCUGUGGCGCCAUCGCGCCAGGGCUCGACCAAGGUGGCGGUGGCGCCGCCGUCGCGCCCCGGCAGCGGCAAGGUGGCGGUGGCCCCCGCGGCGCCCGCCCGCUCCGCCUCGGUGCGCGGCCGCGGCCGCCAGCAGGUGGAGGAGGAGGUGGAGGACCCGCGCGAGCGCCGCCGCCGCGAGCAGGAGGAGGCCCGUGCCGCCAAGCAACGUGAGGCUGAGGCCAAGGCCGCGGAGGCUCGUGCUGCCAAGGAGAAGGAGCAGCGGGCGGCGGAGGCCAAGGCGGCCAAGGAGCGCGCCGAGGCGGAGCGCCAGGCCGAGCGCGAGAAGCAGGCCGCCAUCAAGGACCUGCUGGCCCAGCUGGCGGCGGACAUCAAGGAGCGCCAGGCCGAGGCGCGCGAGGCAGCCAAGGCGCUCAAGGACAUUGAGAAGUCGGCGGGCUCGGGCCUGAAGGAGGUGACUGCGGCGCGCGCCAAGGUGGACGAGGCGGAGGCCGACAUCAAGGCCAUCUCGCAGCAGCUGGACGCCGCCGCGGGCGCCAAGAAGGAGGCGGAGGGCGCCGCCAAGGUGGCCAAGGACGCCGUGGUGGCGGCGGAGAAGGCCCUGCGCGCCGCCAUUGCCGCCGCCGCGCCCGCCGUCGCCCGCAAGUAGUCGGGGAGGAAGCGCGAAAGAAAGCCGUAGCCCGCAAGCAAACGGGGCGCGGCUGGUGCAGGAAGGCGGGGCAUGGGAGAGUGAGGUGGAGCGAAGCGACUGUUGUGAGUGGCGAGGGCGCGGCUGUGGCGCUGAGGUGGUGUUUGUGGGGCGCUGCCGGAAGGCGGUGGGCCCUCGGUGGUGGAGGUUGCUGAGGCGGAUUAGGGGUGAUGAGUUGAGGCUUUGCGAAAGGGCGUUGCGCUCUUGGUAGUUUUGGUGCACGUGUGGACCUUCACGCACACAGUCCUGCCGCAUGGUGUUGCUUUGAAAGUGUACAUCCAGCUGUGCCGGGCACGCGGAGCGUUGGCUGCCCUGAGGUGCUGCGCGGCUUGAGUACCAUAGAUCCUGGCUGCAUGCAGAGACUAUUCACAUGCGGGGUACGCAGCGGACUGCCCGUGGGCCGAAGUACGGUACUAGGUUGGGAAUGCUGGGGAAUGGGCCCGAAUCCGUCUGGGUCAGGUAUUACUAGAUUAUGGGUUCGUGCUUGCUCGCGCGUGGCUAUGGUGCUGGCGGGAACGCGGUUUGCCAGGAUUUUUUCCGGAUGCCCGCCCAUACAAUUUUGAGAGAGCAGGUGUGAAGUGGCGCGAAGAGAGGGCUGGUGUCACGGUCGAAACAGUGGCACGCGCAUACGACAAUGUGGACAAAGAUAAUAUACGAGACUGUCUUGAUGACAUCAACAACAGAUUGACCACUCGCA